AUGGCCUCACCCCUCAACCCCUCACCCUAUCAUGCCACCUUACUCCUGGGGCCACCACCACAAUUGCCACCCAUUGUCAAAGAGAGCAGGACGGGGAGCCCACCCCUUCCUCCCCUCUGGACCACAGGGAUUUCGGGAAAGAGCCAGGUCCUGUUUGCGGUGGUGUUCACUGCCCGGUACUUGGACCUCUUCACCAACUACAUCUCCCUCUACAACACGUGCAUGAAGGUGGUCUAUAUCGCCUGCUCCUUCACCACGGUCUGGAUGAUCUACAGCAAGUUCAAAGCCACAUACGAUGGGAACCACGACACGUUCCGGGUGGAGUUCCUCAUUGUCCCCACCGCCAUCCUGGCGUUCCUGGUCAACCACGACUUCACCCCUCUGGAGACUCCUCCCCCGCCCCCAGUGGGUGCCGAACACUCAGUCUACCCGCGCCCCAGUGUGGCCUCGCUGGCCGUGAGCACAGCCCUGGCCCAGGCCCCUCCUGGCUUGGGGACAGGGAGGAGUCUGGAGGCCCCGGAAGGGGCCCCGGCUUUUUCAUAG